UCCAAAGAACUGAGAACUUUUAACAAUCUAGGAGCAUCUUUCAAACAUCCAAACCCACAUGGAGUCACAAGACUUUUAAUGUCUAUACUUUCCAUUCUAUGUUUUUGACAAUCACAAAUUUCAACUCAGGUCACCGGAAAAUGAAUGGGUAUUUCGUAGCCGUUUAGGGAUGAAGUCGGUGUUAUUUUGGAGACAAAAAGAGAAGAGAGGGUGAAGAGAGAAAGAGAGAGUCGUAGAAGCGUGGAGAAGAGAGAAGCGACAGUGAAUCGAGGUUAGAAUGGCGAGUGAGGAUGAUGCAGUGAAGAAUGCAAUGAUAGUUGAUGCUCGGGCUAGAAACAUUAGUCACAAUGUGAGGUGCACGGAGUGUGGAAGUCAAUCCAUUGAGGAUUCUCAAGCAGACAUUGCCAUUUUGCUCAGAAAGUUAAUUCGUGAUGAAAUUCGGGCUGGAAAGAGUGACAAGCAAAUCUACAAAAAGCUUGAGGACGAUUUUGGAGAGACUGUACUCUAUACGCCCAAGUUUGAUAUGCAGACAGCAGCUUUGUGGUUAUCACCUGUCUUAAUUGGUGCUGUAGCUGCAGGAGGAUGGGUUUACAAGAAGCAUAAACAAAAGACUAAUGUCCAUAUCAUGGCUCUGGAUCUUGUCAGAGGUGUUUCAUUGACUCCAAAAGAGAAGGAGACAAUGCUUGAUAUUCUUACGCCACCUCCUUCACAGGGAGCUAGAACACCUUUCUGGUGGAGGAGAUGGCAAGGCCAAUGAUCACGUUGACCAUCUACUAUUAUGACUUGAAGAAAACCUUUAAUGUGGUACAUGUUUGUGACUAUAAGUAAGUUUCACUUUGAUGUUAAUUCGCAAAUUUUCAAGCUUGGUAUUGUAUUACCUCCUUGGAUAGAACCUAGUUUGAAUCAAUAAAAAAACAUAAUUGGAAUGUGUCUUAAUAAAUAUUUGGUUUAGAGAUGGAUAGAAUUUAUUUUAUAUCAUUGAACAUAAUUGAAAUGGGUGCGAAAAAUAAUUUCAACCAU